AUGUUCCAAAGCCCUCUCGACUCAACCUCCCGAGAGGAGGUCUUCUUGGUGCAGGAUAUUGAAGCCCAAGACCUUGACACCCGGACGCUUGAGCUAACCCAGGAUGUUGGUGAUUUGAAGUUGACGGUCACAGUUUCGAGGUUCACACCCCGAGAUACCGACAAGACGGCUUUAGCAUGGACCGAUGAACAGGGACAGGAACAUAGCUUUGAAAUGGCUCCUUAUUGCCUGAAUAAUGUUAAGCAAGAUGUUCUCAACAUGAGGAACUACGCAUUUGAGGCACGGGGUCCUUAUAUUGAUAGCAUCCUGGCCAAUGCGAACGAUAUCACCAGGAAAUUUGUCGCAGCCGCCCAACAAUACAUUUCGACCAAAAAGAACACCCUUUUAGAACAGGCCAUUGAGCUCUGGACUACAACGCGACUAACAGAACGAGUCUGGCGUAUCUGCGGCAAUGAGACUCUCGGCAUGGACCCCAUAUCCGAUAAGACAUGUCCGGACUUUGGCAUUAUCCCUGUCACUCCUAUCAUGGACACGCAGCUCGACCAGAUUGUUAUCCGCGAGAUACUGCUGCCUCUGCGAAACAGAAUUCUCUACAAGCUAGACGGACGACUGAAGGAGCCCAAGCGUGACGAGUGGUUUGAGAAUUUUCUCAUAAUUUUCAUCCUGCUGAGUUCUAUUGAGGCCUGCUCUGUUCACGGUGAGAAGUUUGCAAAGGAGUUUGGGCUUCGGCGCCGCUACGCAGACAUGGAAGAAUUCAACAGUUACUUCCACAGCUGCCGCAUCUUGCUCGCACACUUCCAUAUCGCAUUAAACGGCUCUACCCCGCUGACGAUCGACUGGCUGAGCCCAAAGGCCGAUAAACUGGCCGUUCUUACCCUCGAGCAGAAGCGCUUUCUCGAGGCUGCCAAGCCAAUGAUUGCAGAGGAAGGUAUGUGA